UGUAGAUUUAGAUGUAUAUCCAUGAGCUGCAGUCAGCUAUGUGAGGGUGGCGGACUGAUGUUUACUCAGACAUGAAAAGCUGGAUCAGCUCUGAUUUGAUGUGUGUGGAUCAGCAGACAGCCCCUAAAGCCCAAAUAAGCCAGUUUCAAACCUGACCUUGGAUCCAGUCCAUCAGGAUGCACUUUGUUUCUGUCAGGUCUUCAGACAUUCAUAUGUCUACAGAGAUAAAGUUAGAAUCCUGGCCUCUCAAAGGGAGGAACAACCUAGCAAUAUAUUAUUUUUAUAUAACAGGUAGCUUUAAAAUCAUCCUAACAGGUGAUACUGAAUGUCACUAUAACUGACAUUAACACACCAGACGGUGACAAACUGACCCCAAAGUCCCAAAGUAGAAUAUAAGUCAAAUAAGACGUGGAGGGUGAUGACUGACUGUGAUCACAUGAUAUGAUGGUUACAGCUGGUUCAUGUCUGAAUACACCCAACUACUGUCUGGAGGAGGACAGACAUUCAUAAUUUCACAUUAUGUUGUCUGUAAGUGAACAUAUCGCACACGACCUGAGCUCUAAAUGUAACAGCAAAAUAUCUGGGUAAAUUCGGGUGAAUUGUGCCUCAGGUGUGUCAGCAUGUGAGGAGGAGGAGCUCUGGUUCACCUGGGGAAUUCCUCAGUCCUGAGCAUCAACACACCUGAGGGAGAGACAUGAAGCCCAGAGAUCAGUCACUUCUUCUCUUUAUCUCUCUCCUCUAUCUCUUUUCAUCUGUCGUCUUCUUCUGUUUCAUCUUGCUCACUUCACACUUUCAUGAAACCUGUUCUGUCUCUAACGCAUUAGUCUCAGAUUUUCAAACCCACACAACUAAAUUCAUCAUUCAUUGACAAAAUGUGCCAUUAAUUAAUUAUAAAUCAGAGUAAUUAUUUUCUAGGGUUUUAAAUUCCUGCAGAAUAUGUUUGUUUAGUCAUUACAGUGAAAAUCAUCAUGAGGCACACGAUAAAAGAAAAUAGCUUCCACAUCUACCAAACUACCUGGUUCAUUCAGCUUGCUUUAAUGGGGCAAUUUUAUUUAAUGUGAUGAUGUGUCAUUAAUUCAGUAUUUACAGGUCCAUUGUGUAGGAUUUCUGGACUAUAAUAUUCAUCAUCAGUGUGGAGCAGCUUGUCUGGCCAACUCAACGAUGAAAACAAACCAUUGCAGCAAACCAUUGCAACAGUGACAAUUAACCAACUAACUGCUAACAAGUGCAGCUGAGGCUGAUGUGAACAUCAUCAAUUCUGCAAGUGUUUCAGGUGUCAUAAACCAACAUUUUGGACAUGUUGACCUGAUGGUGGUGCUAGAGGAAAAGUCAGGAUCAGCAGUGAAACCACAUUUAAUCACAACCCAUCCAACCAGAAAACAUCCACAGAGCUGAUGUUUUCUUGUUUAUUUGUUUAAUGAAAUAUUUAUUGAUAUUAAUUUAUGGUGUUUUUCAUUUCCCCACUGCGGAACUAAAAAAUGAUUAUCUUAUUUUAGGGUUAUCUCAUCUCAUUUGUUGAUUUGUCCAGAGGAUGUUUUCCACCUCAGAUGGAUCAGACAGGAGGCGGCUCUCUUUGUCUCUUUUGCUCCUCCCAGUCUUUUAUAUUUAAAUUUUGGCAAGUGAGCCUGUCCCACCUGCGGGUAAAGUCCUCAGUGCGUCCCACCUGUACCUGAACAUCACAUACAGCAGCUCUCUGAAGCCCACAGAGCUGGAGCAGAGAAGAAAACCACAGAACUUCUGAAACUCUUUGAAGGCUGUCAUCUGAAUUUUUUACAAAGGACACAACACUAAAUGUAUAGAAAGACAACUGUGAAAAGUAUGUAGGGAACUAUAAAAAGGAGUAAAACUAUUGAUAAGUUUGACGGAAAAACGAUGGAUGACAGGUCUGAACCUUCAUCAACCCAGAAGAAAGACUGACGACUGCGAUAACCUUUUAAGACUGUCUGAAUGGUUCUAAGGACAAAAGAAUGAAUAUCAACAACUUUUGGUGUAGAGAAAAGGACAGCUGAGGCAACGUCUCUGAAAUCUUUUCAUUUUGGCUUUUAAAGACUGGAAACAAAAGACAUUUUAAGGGACCAUUUCACUGGAUCACUAGAAGAGCGAUGAAUAAAUGUCUAAGAAAAGAACACGUGUGAAGGAUAAAGAUCUGGUCAGCUUCUCUGAGGAGUCUGGUACAGAUGCAAGGAUUUCUCAGCAGAGUUUGUAAAACCUGUGGAGUUAAGAGAAAUGUUUUGUCUGGCCCAUUUCAAGAGGAAGAUUUCAGAAUGACAGAAAAGUCUGUACACAACACCUGAAGAAGGAGGACAAACAUCCUCUCUUGGAGGCGUCUCAGUGAGAAAACUGAAGCUCUUCAUUCAGAGACGUCUUGCUGCUGAUGUUGGACUGUCCUGAAUGUCUGAUUCUGGACCAGGACGUAGACUGCUGGUUCAACGUCCAUCCUCUGACCCAGGUUUGAUUUUUCAUUUUUAACAAAAAACAAAUGAUGUACAGACCAGCGAGGUCUCACUAAAUUGAUUCAAGACUUGGUGAAACCCUGGUGAACUGGAGGUUUUGCUUUUUUUCUGUCAUCGCUCUACCUUUAACUGUACAGUUAAAGGCAUUAAACUGUUGUUUAAACAUUCCUUUAAAUUCUGUUUAGAUUGCAGUUAUUGGCCCUGAUCACUUGGAUGAGCAGGUAAAUGUAACAUCAUGAAGCCUGUGGUUAAAAACUAUUUUAAUAAUCACAUCAGCAGUCCUCUUUAUCAUCUGAAGUCUUUAAGAUUUAAAUUUUUUUAAUGAAAUGUGUAUUGAAGUCCCUCGAUAACAGGUCAAACUUUUACAAAAGGUUAAUAUGAUUUUAAGUUCAGCUUUGAGUAUUACCCUCUUUGUCUUUAGGUCUGACUAAAUCUCUGAAGCAGAAGAAGACUUAGUUGAUGAAAAGGUUGAAGGUGAUGUUUCUGGAUUUAAUGGUGGUCUGAAGUGGUUUGAUUAAACUCUGGAAGUACAAGAUUGUUCAGUUUAAGGUUGGAUCAGACACCAGUCAGAGAAUCUACAGGUCACAGACAACAGCAAAAGAAGACAUUUGGUGGCAAAAGACAGCUGGGAAUGAUGGCGAGUGAUGUAGGCCAGCCAGGGGACUACUGAGGAGGAAUCAAACCCACAUCACUGACGGUACACCGGCGUGAUGCUGCCGUAUCGCUUCCUGCUGCUCACCUGGGUGCUGCUCGCCGCCACAGUCCACAGUCAGAUCUGGAGACCUUGUACAGACCUACUGCCUCUUGACCUGCUGGCCAGAGCUUUGCCAAGCCCAGGAAAAGGCUCUUCCACACAGGUGCAGAUGGUUCAGUCCAGUGGGUCCAGAGGUCUGCGAUUGACUGGUGCCUUGGCAACAACUCUGAGUUUCCCAGCCUCCCAAAUAUUCACCAACUGUGACUACUUCCCUGCUGAGUUCUCACUGGUUGCCACCAUCAAGACACCAAGACUGAGACAGAAGAGGAAUGAGUAUAUCUUCUCUGUGGUGGAGGAGGGAUCUGAUUUGCUGUUGCUGGGGUUACGCAUCACAGAAAAGCGUCUUCACUUCCUGACCUUGACCCCUGGUAUCGGUGUGCAAAGGCGAAUGAGCUUUAAGGAUGUUGGACUGGAUGACAACCGCUGGCACACUUUGGUACUGGCCAUCACCGGACCAUAUGCCACUUUGACCAUCGACUGUGGACUUCCUCUGGAACUUAAACAGCUCCAGCCCUUCCCCAGUGCUCUGAGCACCAGAGGGUCCAGGUUCUUCAUUGGUAGCAGGAGGAGGUUGAGGGGACACUUCAAAGGUUUACUGCGUCAGCUGGUUCUACUUCCUGGUUCAGAUGCCACACCCAGAUUGUGUCCAUCCCCUGACCCCAGCCUGGCUGAGCUGUCCAUGCCUCAGGUCUUAAAGUCCACCCCUCUCCAACCAGUCUACCGUGAACCAGUUUACCCAUAUGAGGCGGAGGCCAGAGUGACUCUGGGAAAUCCUCCUAAGUGUUCAGGACCAGAAGAAGGCCAGCUGUGGUUCAACGCCCAGGGGAAAGGCCUGUUCAUCUGUGAUGGACUUGCAUGGAAGACACUGCUGCAGACUCAUAAUACGGAGCGUUUGGAUUACGUGGAGGACUACCAGGAUAUCUACACCAGCUCACAAUCCUUUGACAUUGAGGUCUUCUCCAUCCCAUCUGAAGGCCUGUUCAUGGCUGCAGCCAACAGGGACUCUCGGCCUGGUUCGGGUGUCUAUAAAUGGAGAGAGGGGUCCUUCCAGCUGUACCAGAACAUCAGCACUCAGGAGGCUCGAGCCUGGAAACACUUCACCAUCGAGGACAAGAUUUUCCUUGUGGUGGCAAAUUCUAGGGAGGCGAAGCCUGAGCUGUCAAUCAUCUAUCAGUGGAAUUGGCAACGGCGACGUUUCCUGCGUCACCAAACACUAGAGACUCAUUCAGCUCUGGACUGGGAGGCCUUCCACAUCCACAACCACAGCUUCCUUGUGGUAGCCAAUCACAGACGAGCCAGAGACUCGAACCACAACAUUCACAGUGUGAUCUACAGAUGGAAUCAAGACACAAAGCUGUUUGAGGUGAACCAGACUCUGUUCACAUCAGGGGCGUAUGACUGGGAGUUCUUCUCCAUUGGACCGUACCACUUUCUGGUGGUUGCCAACACCUUUGAUGGUCAAACUACCACCAUCAGCUCUACCGUCUACGUCUGGCUGGAUGGCUGCUUCCAGCCCUUCCAGAGUAUUCCGACGGUGGGAGCAACGGACUGGGAGGUGUUUCAGAUUGACGGCAGGCUUUUUCUUGCCGUAGCCAACAGUCAGAAGGUUUCAGACCAUGGCCCUAGUCUCUACAGCAUCAACUCCACUGUAUAUGAACUCAACAAGUUCACACAGACCUUCAUCCCCUUCCAGAACAUCCUCACACACAGUGCUGUGGACUGGGAGUUCUUCACCAUUGGAGAGGAGAAGUUCUUGGUUGUAGCAAACUCUUACGAUGGCAGCUCGUACUCCCUGAACAGUGUUGUCUACAGGUGGCAAGGCUACGAGGGCUUUGUUCCAGUCCACAGUCUGCCGACAUUUGGCUGUAGAGACUGGGAACACUUCAGCACUGAUGAAGGCUCCUUUCUCAUCUACUCCAGUGCCACCUCCAGGCUCAGCAAGGUCUUUAAACUCAGGACAUACUGAAUGAAACUCUGUUAGACAGUUUGAGCUUCAACCUCAUAAUCUGCUGAAACACUCAGCAGAAACUUGGCUCAAAUAUUGUUGGAGCUAUGUCCUCCUCAGGGCUAAAAAACAAUAAUAAACUUGAUUUAUGUACAUCUACUUUUUCUAAAACUGCACAUAAAAAAUAUCCAAGUCAUAUUAAGCUCUGUUGAUAAGGACAUCACUCUUAAAUGGGAAGGUCCAGCACAAAAUCUAAGUUGAAUUUUUUAACUAAUUUGCCUCCUGCAGAACCUUGCUUCCCCUUCAACUCUCUCAUCUGUCGUACGCCACCUUUCUCUUGCUCUGCAACAUCACAAGCUGAUAUUAACCUUGUGUAAUCUUGUGUAUUCAGCUGCUCACUGUGGAGCCGUUUAUAUAUAUUUAUAGGUAUAAUGUAUCUAUAAAUGUAUAUAUGUAUUAUAUUAUAGAUGAACAUUUAUCACGAUAGCUUUAUCCAUUUUGUACUCUGCAGCUCUCUGUCCACUCAAAGCUCUGCUCUGUCAGCAGAGUUUGUUGGAAACCUUAUUCUCACAGAGGCCAUUUUCCUCUGAUGUCGUGCUCAGAUCAUUGUUGUGCUGUGUUUCAGGUCAUAUAAACGUAUGAAUUACAACCUGGAAAUGAAACACGUGAUGUAAUCAGUCUUCCAGUUAACCAUAUUUGCUUCAUCCAUUCUAAAAUAUAUGCAUCCAAGACAUGUGUAUACGGUUUAGGAAAGUUGGACUUGCUUUUUCAGAUCUACUAAUUGCUGAUAUGUCUUUGAAACUGACUGAUUUUAGUGUGAGAUUUUGCAAUUUUAAAUGCUGGUAUGAACUUUGAUUUGAAACUUUCUCUGCAAAGGAAAAGUGACUGAAUUGUUUACAAUUUUCCUUUAAAAGAAAGUUCCUCGAAGGAAAAAUGUAAGGAUUAUUUGUUUGAAAAUGGAAGAAAUAUAUUAAAUGUUGAAAAUGUAGAUAACUAGUAAGCUAUGAGGAGAAUCUACUGUAGAAAACUUUGACUUUUAAACUGCAUAACAUGUUCUGACAUUUUGUCUAAGGUAGAAUAUAUUGUUGUGUCUCUGCAAAAUCCAGGAAAAGCUUCUUUAAGAAUCUUUUGUACUCAGCUGCUUCUAAUUAAGAUAUUAUCUUUAUGUUGAGAUUUGUGUUAUGGAUUAUAUUUCAUAUUUGUUCUGUAAUAAUGUUCAUGAAUCAGAUAUAGUUUUCAAAUAAAGGACGAAUCAUUUGAUGCUCAGGAUUCCAAGAAAAACUGAUAAAUUAAAAUGUUUUUGUCUGUUAAAAUAUUAUCGUAGAACUAAUGUAUAAUUUAUUGUUUGCAUAAAUUGACAUGACAGCUUUACAAAAGACAUAUUUUGUGUAAUAAUAAUAUACAGAGAAUAUGGUAAUAAAUUCAUCUUAUCUUUGAUGUUUCCAGGUCAAACCAUUUCCUGUGAUUCCAACACUGUGAAAUUAUUUAGAUAUCAUGACAUGAAUAUAUAAAUUUUUGUUUUAUUUUCAUGUUUUAACUGCUGCUGGGGGUAUUAAAGAUUUUAUA